AAAGCUAAUUUAGUUAACUAACAAUUAGGUUUGUAAAGAAUUUAGAAACAUUAGAAAUGUUGUCUCACUAUAAAUAUUCAGACUUCAAAAUUAGCCGGUCAAAUUCAAAAGGAUGAGUGAUCGAGUAGUUUUCAGAUCAGUUAUUUAACCGAUUGCUACAAACCCUGGCAACUAUAAGAGCCUCUGAAAUAUUAUACAGACACAAUUAUUACAUUGCUACAGUUCUCAGUUGCAUUUCGUGUUUGCUUUUAAAUAACUGCAUGUAUUUAUUAAUUUCCACCUAAAAUAGCAAAAAGGCUACAAAUACGAACUAUGACGUUAGUUGAAAAGAUAAACACAGGAUGAACAGUUUGAAACUAAUAAAGCUUUAGUCUGCAUUCCCCGAGCACGUUUGAUAUAUAAGUCAACGACAUUUGUGGUAAAAUAUGUUGAAAGCAUGUUUAACGUAAGACAUGUUUAAUGUCUUUGUGGUAAGACAUGUUUAACGUACAAAUAUACUACCUGUGAUAAUUUAAAUAUUUUUCUUUUUGUUUGUUCAGGUUAAUGAGCCUGCGUAUAGAUUCAAUCACAGGCCAACACACUACAAACAAGCAAGAUUACCAUGUUAAUGAAACUUUUUCUCCUGGCUCAUCACAAAUAAUGAUAUGUAUCUCAAGGUUUUCAUGAUCAUAUCAAUUUUGUUUUGAACUGGAGGAAUAUGUCGUAUGCCGAAUAAUAUGUUUUCAGCAAGACGCGUGUAGUUUGGUCAGAUGGUCCAUGAGAGAGGACCCAACAGCAACCAGGUGAUUUUCAAGUCGAGUAAUUGACUAUACACGCAUUAUAGCGAUGUCCGCCGUAAACAUAACCAACUCCACUUGUCCUCCGGCAUCCGAAGACAGUGAUGCCGAAAAAGCUGUUAAAACACUGGCCUACGCUCUCGUUAUUCUCAUGGCAUUUCUCGGCAACGUUCUUGUAAUUGGCGUCAUUUACAAGAACAAGAAAAUGCGAACCAUAACAAACUUUCAAAUAGUCAAUAUGUCGCUGGCGGACAUUCUGAUUACUGUGGCCGCCAUGCCGGCAACGGUUUUUCAGAUAUAUCAAGGAAGUCGAUGGCCUUUCGGUUUGAUCCCCUGUAAAUUGGUCGUGUUUCUGCAAGGUAUUUCAGUGUCCUGUUCAGUCUUCACAAUGGCUUGUAUUGCAAUUGAUCGUUUCUGUGCUAUUCUUUACCCCUAUAAAAAAUACAUUGACCAACGGCGUUGCAAUAUUAUGAUCGGCUUGUGCUGGCUUUUGGCCGUUCUGCUCCAGUCCCCUACAUUAUACGCGAUGAAGAUCGCCGUGGUCGCGAACCAAACUACAUGCAUCGAGGGAUGGGAACCACUUUUCGACAACGAAUCAUCGCCAAAAGUAUAUACGGUUAUCCUAUUCGUUUCCAUGUAUAUGCUUCCACUUUUGGUAAUAGCGAUUCUUUACGCAGCCAUCAGUCAUUUCCUAUGGCGCCACAAAACACCUGGAAGUAGUUUGGUCAAGGCGCGUAAGGAUAGAUCAAAGGCAGCUAAAGUAAUCAAAAUGCUUAUAAUCAUUGUCGUCGUUUUUGCUGUGUGUUGGCUGCCAAGCUUUGUGGCUCAGUUCUUACAGUUUUUUGCCCGACCGAGGUGUGGAGUUCCACCAUCUCUUUUCUUUAUGGGUUUCUUUCUAAGUCAUGCGAAUUCUGCGUUCAAUCCGGCCAUAUAUUGGAUAUUUAAUGAUAAUUUCAGAGCUGGUUUUAAGCAGUUACUCCGAACGUGGUUCUGUCCUUGGUGGCCUGCGCCACGGUUCAACGAUUCCUCUGCCGAGAGCCAGGGGUUGCAGUCGACCGUGCAAAAGGCCUAGUCAGAAACGUCAUGUUAUGUCACCCAAACCACUAUAUCCGAAAAUACAUUGGUUUACGGCCUUUUUAACACAGUUAGUUAGAUGUAACCACAGUUAAUAGAACAUACAUGGUUUAGAGACUACUUAAAAGUACAAUAGAACUCAUUAACUAUGUCGGGGAACAAUUUAUGCAAAAUAUUGUUCCAUAUU